AGAUUACAAUUUUAAAGGUUUUAAAGAAAAGUCUGAAUAGAGAUUUAAGAAUAACAGUAAGUUUUUUAUUUAGUCAUUGAAUAACUUUUUAUUAGAAGAAAUUAGACACAUGUCAUAGGGGUUCAAUUGUGCGUCCUAUUCUUUUAUACUUUACAUUAAGGGAACCUUUUUUACAUCAAUAUUUCUAUUACCUUCACCCUAUUUGCCGAUGAUACUUUAAUAUUGUGGCAAGGUAAGAAUAUUGGAGUACCUACUAAAAGAACUACCGUAAGCAUCAUUAAAAGGCACAUCAAGCUUAUUAAUAACGAAGUGUUGUCAAACAUUUACUUUUUAAUAUGUGAUGUAUCUUUGAGAUAUGAAAGUCCAUUUUAGGAAGUUGCAAAUUAAAGGCUGCAACACUCAGAAAAUAUGUUAAUUCUGACAUUUUAUAUUAGAGAUAGAUUCAGUUUCACAGAAACCUAUAGCACAGAUUUAAAAAAUCGCAAUUAAAAAAAAAUUAUGCUUUCAAAAGAUGUAUUGCAACAUACCUCCUAUUUAGUAAAAUAAGGAUUAAUGCCUUUUCUGGUAAAGGGUUAAACUUAUAGUGAUGAAAAUUAUGGGUAAAUAUGUCUUCCAGAAAACAAAAGUAUACGGAUUCGAGAAUUUUUUUUAAAUUUUUUCAUUUAAAGCCGUAUAUCUUGAUAGAUUGCUUCAAUGUGUCACCCUGUUUAUAGUUUCCAUUUUGGGCUAGAGAUUAGCAUUAGUUUUAAAUGGUGCCACAGUAUAAAAUUUAAAACAAGACACAUUUAUUAGAAGAGUUUACCUAUUCAGAUGUACUGACCUUAAUCCAGAUUUUGAUGCAUGACUUUAGAUAGCGUCACAGAUACUCAUUCCGAUUUAGAAAUAAAGCUCUUCCUUUAUCAAAACCUCUAUUUAGUUUCUUUAUUAAUUAAAAUUGUUUCACUUCUAGACUCUACGACUUUUAUAAUAUCUUAGUUUGUUUUUACUUUCUAUAAUUUUUGUUACUGUUUUACUUGUAUGGGGUCUUUUCCUACAUAAUUUAUACACUUAAUUUGUUCUCUAAAUUUGUUAUGGUACUAAAAUUGAACUUAAUGUAAGGGAGGGAAUUAUACAUAAUAGUAGUUUUAAAUGUUUAGCUAUUUUGAUGCAUGAUAAUUAUGUAAUUUUAAAAUAUUUUGCUGACUUCUGCGUCCUACACAAAUCUGUAGAAAUAGCACAAAUGUUCUUUUAUAAACCUAAUCCUUUUUUUAGGAAUACCAAGCAUACCAGAAACUGUUUCUUCAGAUAAAGGACUAGUAGUAAUUAAUGAAAAACUGGAUAAAAUCCUGCAGAUUGUGGGAAAAUUUAAUAAUAAUUUAAAGAGUCUUAAAAGUCACUUUAUGGUCCAACCUAAGGUCCCAGCUGAAAUGUUUUUUCCAGAUAUAAAUUUUCCUAUGAAAAAUUUGUGGGAAAUAGAGAAGUUAGAGGAUUAUAUUGCAACUCCAGAGGGCAACGAAAAUUUUGUUAGACAUCUAAAGACUGUCGGAGGACAUGAUGCUAAAGACAUGGUCAUAAGAAUAUUAAAACAAAAUUUUUCAAAUGCCCUUGCUGAUAUAUGCUCCUGGACAGGUAGAAAAGGAAACUACGAAGUUGGAAAACUGAAGCAAUUCGACAUCAUGUUUGCGACUGUACACCAGAGUUUUAAUUACACCAAAAAAGAGUUCGAAAUGGUCGUUAUGGACUGGCUACGCCAUGCGAAACAGCGUCUUCUUAGAGAAAAUAAAUACAAUAAUUAUGUUUAGUGUUACUUUUCUUGUUUUAAAAAACUGACUUAAAUAUGACUUUCUAGUUCAUAAUUUUACUUGUAAAAUAAAUUACUGUUCUUUUUUAACGAAAUUGUUACGACAUAUGAAUAUAUAAACUACUUAUAAGAUGAAAAUGCUUAAAAGUUUACUACUAUCAAAUAAAUAAAAUUAUUAAAAAUAA